GUUUCCUCAAGUUGGAACAUACACAAUAAAGAAGGGGCAUGUUUACAUUUCUGAUUGGAGCUUCUUUCAUAUUGAUGGUGCAAUCUGAGCCUAGAUGUGAUCAGACGGAGUUCUUACACCAUAAUGGCUCCUGUGUUGCAUGCCCUGUUUGUAAACCUGGACAACAGCUGUCAGGGGAUUGUGGCUUUGGCUAUGGAGGGGAUGGAGUGUGUAUUCCUUGUGAAGCGGGGACCUUCAGCACAGAUGCAGGUGUGGAUCCCUGCAGGAGAUGCACCCAGUGCAAUCUGCUGAACCGCCUGGCGUUGACUGCCUGUUCACCCACCAGCGACACUGUGUGUGGGCACUGUCUCCCAGGACAUUAUGAGCUGAAGAGCCUGACAGGGGAGGUGGAGCUGCUGUGUAUUCCUUGUGACAGUCGUGACACAUUCCACAAAGAGUGUUUGCACUUUACGUCCCGAGGCUCAAAAACACAGCAAAUUCCUGAGUGCCGUCGAAAGCCUGAAGGUUUACUGUCUGCAGCAGACCUUCAGGACGAAUGUCCCUCCGGUCACGCAGAGAGAGCAACACAACAAGACCGUCCUUCAGAGCCCGUUUCACCCGAAGACACACCAAGAGGUCCAAACUCACUGAACCAUGAGAGUGAGAUGCACCCCACUUCUAUCGUGAUUAAUGUCACCACCAACAUCAAGCCCUGCAGUCAGAAGCAAGAUAACAUCAUGCAGGAAGCACAGAAAGGCUUCACCACAGAGGAGGUGGAGCAAAAACUGCAGACAAUAUGGGAGAUUGCUCAAGGUCAGAGUAUCGAGAUGCUGAGCUACGACACCAUCCAGGAUUUGUCCCUGCUGCUCGACUCUCCCAACCACAUCUACGUUUUGAGGAAGCUGGGGCUGUCUUUGGGUGUGCCACCUCACCUCACUCCUCAUUUCCACAGCUUCCAGGACCUUUUUCAGUACCUCCGGACCUCCACCUACACGCAGCUUCCCCAACUGGCCCAGGCCGCUGCGCUCCUGCCUAAUUUUGAAGUUGUUUCAAGAAUACACAAAGCCCUGGUGAACAAGUGAUUACUUACACCCUGAGGAUGUGUUCCCAUGACUUGAACUGUUGUGUGUUACUCAUAACCUGCUUUACAUGAUGACACAGUCACCAGAUCAGGCUGAAUUUACUUACUGCAAGAUGAAAAAAACAUUGUUUCUUCUAUGGAAAAUAGAUUUGGAGUGAAAUGUGACACCACUGUUCAUAAC